AUGAUUGAAUAUUAUGAGCAUGGAUUUAAUAUUGAUAACAAUCCAAACUAUAUUUAUUUCAUGCUUGGACUCCUUAUUCCAUUCGCAGUGAUCUUUAUUUUAUCAAUAAAAGGUCAUAAUUUGGAAUCAUAUUGGUUCGUUCUCGGACCAGCUCUUUGUAUCCUUUUCUGCUCAUUAUUACCCGAAGCUGCAAUUCGAUUUAUUCAUCGUUACAUCCUAAUUGCGUUCGAUUUCCCAGUUGCAUAUGUCGAAACUUGCCUUUUCAUCCAACUCAUUAACUAUUUGUCCAGAAUAAUCCGUAACAAGUAUUACAACGAUGAACAACGUAUAUACAAAACUAUCCUGUGCUUUAUUUCUUUACCAGCUCUUGUGAUUUCUUUUACAAUUCUCUUCGGAGGACUCCAUCCAGAGAACAUCAAAUUCCUCCAUGGAAUUACAUUUGGAGGAGUUGUGUUUUGUUUCAUUUAUUCAAUUGUAGCAGAUAACGGAAAUUUAAUUGAUACUUCUUUGCUUGCUUUAAAGAUUGUUCUUAUCGUUGCUCCUACACUAUCUACAGCUACAGGUAUAAUAACGCAGAUUCUUCGAAUAAUUCUAGUAAUUAUUUCAAUUUCUUCUUACAACUUCAAAUACGAUGAGCCAGAUUUCGAUUUAAAGGUUCUUAAUGCCUUCAAGAAAGAUCUCAAUGAAGAAUGUGCUCCAAACAUUUGCAAAUCGUUUACUUGCCUUUUCAUCACUUACAUUUUGAUUUCACCUUCAGGAUUUAUCAACCCAAAGCCUCCUGUUUCAACUCUCUACGCACUUGCUCACCCAGCUGUUUUUAUUUUUUACUUAUUGAACGAAGCUUUAUAUUAUCACGUUUAUAAGACACCAAAAUCACAAAACUCAUGA